AUGUCUAACCAAGGAGAUGACUGCUACUUCUAUUUCUAUUCCACUUGUAACAAGGGAGACAGCUGCUCCUUCCGCCACUGUGAAGCUGCUCUGGGGAAUGAAACAGUCUGUACCCUCUGGCAGGAGGGUCGCUGCUUCAGGAAUAUCUGCAGGUUCAGACACAUGGAGAUUGAUAAGAAACGCAGUGAGAUUCCCUGCUACUGGGAGAACCAGCCUGUAGGCUGCCAGAAAUCUAACUGUGCUUUUCAUCACACAAAAGGACGUUAUGUUGAUGGACUCUUCUUGCCACCAAGCAAAACUGGUAAAAGUGUCCUUCCUCUGAGGCGCAACCUCGCUGAAAGGCUGGGGAAGAAGAUGGAGAUCCUGGAGAACGCUGACAAGGCACCCAAGAGAGUUCAAAUCCCCAGGUCUCUGAAGGAAAGGCUGGGGUUGCCCUCUGAACAGACCAGCACAGAGACAGAGAAGGCUGCUAAGCCAGCAGGAGAGAUCCACGUGAAAACACUGGAGGAAAUUCGUCUUGAGAGAGCAAUUCAGAGACAGGGAGAACCUCCAGCUAAAGCCCAGGCUGAGGGACGUUGUAAAGCAGAAGACCCCAACUUGGGGGCAAAACCUUCCCCUGCAGUUCGCAUCAAAACUGUCUCAGGAGCUCUGGCUGAAAAAAAACAGAAGCAACUGGAAGAAGAGAAACAAAAAACAGAAGAGUUUCCUACCAAGACAAAAGUUGAGAGCGAGCCCAAGAAGCAGACCCUACGUGUUCCAUCUGUGCCCAGCAAAGUGCAGCUGUCAGAGCCAGCAGGUAAAGUCAGGGCAGCAGGAGAAGUGCAUAUUAAAACCUUGGAAGAAAUCAAGCAAGAGAAAGCUCUGAGGAUGCAGCAGAGCAGAGAAAAUGUGCCAGCUCCAGCAGUACAACCUGAGCCUGCCCCGCCAGGGAGGAGGUUGUUACGGAUCACAAAGCUCACAGCACCUGGAAGAGAAGAAAAGAAGAUAGUGGAAUUGAGUAAGCCUCCCAAAGCUGUCUCUGUACCUGCAGAGCCCUUAGAUCAGAGUGCAACUAACUCUAAAGUUCAAGUGAAGAGCCUUGAAGAGAUAAUGAAGGAGAAGAGGCAGCUGAAACAACGCCAGGAAGAGAAGACUCAGAAAGAAGCAGCUGCUGUGCCAUCUCCUGGUGAAAAAGCAAGUAAGGAUAAAGCUCCAACAUCAGGGAGUCCUGAACCCAGCGUGGUUUCAGGGUCAGCUUCUCAACCUGCAAAGAAGAUGUUGGUGAAGUCUUUGGAAGAUCGGGUUGAAAGCCCAGGGAAGGAUGGUGCUGGAUCACCCGGGAAACAAGCAGCUCAACCUCUAGAAAGGAAAGCUAGAACCAAAUCUAAGGUGUGCCUGAAGCCUUUGGAUGGGAAAACCACCUCCCCCACAAAGCAGACUCUGAAAAGGAAGGCAGCUGAGAGUCACCCCUCUGCUGUGGCAGCUGUGAAACCCUUGAGUGCCACUGGUGGGGACACCAAGGAGCCUUCAGCUAAAAAAGCAACUGUGGCUGUUGUUCCUGCUUUGCCAGAGGACACCCAGGUCUCCACACCUGGGAGAGGGAAACGCAAAAGCAGCCCUGAACUGCACCUCAGGAGCCAGGCAGAGUCUGUGGCACAGUCAGAGGUCUCAAGCUCAACUUCAGCUUCUUCACCAGUCGCAGCCAAGACACGUCGGCUGAGCUCCACGGGGGCUGGGAAAGCCCCUUUAUCUGUAGAAGAUGACUUUGAGAAGCUCAUUUGGGAAAUCUCAGGAGGCAAACUGGAAGCAGAAAUUGACCUGGACCCAGGGAAGGAUGAGGACGAUCUCCUCCUGGAACUUUCUGAAAUGAUUGACAGCUGA